ACGAGGAGCCAGCGGGGCCGCAGGGUGGGGUUGUCCCCGCCGCCGGCGCUGGUCCCCACGGGCGCUGGGUGACAGCGACCGGCCGCCCGCCGAACCCCCCCUGCCGCCGCGGCUGAUGCGCCCGCACCGCGCCGCAGCCUCCGCGCCCGCCCGGCGGGGAGCGGCCGCCUUUGUGGAGCCGGGACCCGCUCUCCGUUAUCCUUCAAGCAGAAGAGGAGCUAGCAAAGAGAUUAGAAAAACCCCACCAAGCUUGAGUUAAUGUUUGAGAAGUUCGGGUGCGGGAGUGUCUGGUAAGAUUCCUGUAUUAUGUCUGGUUUUGGUGGAUUUCAGGCAGUCCUUCGGAAUAACAACCUGCGUCCAUUACCUUGCUUGCGGGAAGUGCUUUGGAUGUCCUCCAUAGGUAGUGGGAUGACCCGCUUAAAAUCUGUGUGUAUCUAUAGUGUAAUGUGGUACAGGUACAUAUAUAUUUUAAGGCAUUUCCGUGUUUAACUAUAUAAAACCUGAUAGGAGAAAUUUGGGUAAAGUACUGUGAAUUUUACUAAUCGGUGUUCUUGUUUGUUUGCUGAAUGAUCCAUGAUAACUGAUCAUUUGUAUUAAAGCAUAGGGGGCAAGCACCCGAGGAGGUGGGAUUUUUAAAAAUCUGAUUUAAACACAUUUCUGUAUAGAUCUCAUUCAUAUUUGCAAUAUGCUCUUAAUUACCUACUGAUUUCAAGUCUCAAGUCUCUCUCUGUUCAGGCCUGGAACACUGAUGGAAGCUUGGUGAGGAAAACCAACAAAACAUUUGAGGAAGAGCAUUGUUUACUGCUGCUUCUGUCAUUCAAACGAAAUAUAAACCUGUUGUGACUAGUUUGGGUCAUUGCAUUUCCAUGCCUUUCUUUAGUCCUCAAGCACUGGAUGAAAAGGACAGAAUUAUGUUUCAUUCCCAAUGUUGUUGAUUACUGGGUAUGUUUAGAGCUUUACCUGCGACUGAAGUUAGAGACAUAAAUUUUAUUUUUAUCAAUCUUUGAAUAUUUCUGGUAGUAAUUCUGUUGGCACUGGUCAGUGGACUUCAUUUUCACCCCAUAAGUGAUCACAGUUUGCUAACAAACUCUUUUCUUUGGGUUUGGUUAGUGUAACUUUUUUAACAUUUGGGAUAAGUCUUCCACCAUAACUUUCUCUCUGCAUUUUCUUGUGCCUAUAAGACAUUUCUUUACUAAAAAUGCUCACACAUGCCAACUUAAACUGAUUUUUUUUUCCUUUUACUGCGCUUCUUUGCAACUGAUUGGAGCUUGGGUGUCUGUUUAUAUGUGUGCAAGCAAAAUAAUGCAUGUGUGUGAUGUUUUUAUGAACGGAUGUGCUUUUCCUAACUUUUGUAAUUUUUUUCAAGCUAUUCUUCGAGCAGAUCACAUCACACAGCCUUUAAAAGAAGAAUGCUGCACAACAUUUCACAGUAAAGAUGAGGAGCUGAGAGAUACUUCUGUUAUCUUAAAGCUCUAGCGGUUUGUGUGAGAGGACAAAUGCUUAGGACACUGCUUUAAGGAAUUUUGACUUUUUGGAGAAACAGUAGAAAAUGCAAAACGAAAUAAUAAAGCCUGCUAAAUACUUCUCAGAAGUGGAGAAGAGUGUGCUGCUUGCAUUAGUUGAAAAAUACAAAUACGUGCUUGAAUGUAAAAAAAGUGAUGCAAGAACUAUUGCUCUGAAACAGCGCACCUGGCAAGCACUAGCUCAUGAAUAUAAUUCACAGCCCAGUGUGUCGCUGCGAGACUUCAAACAGUUAAAGAAAUGCUGGGAAAAUAUCAAGGCACGGACAAAAAAGAUAAUGGCACAUGAGAGGCGGGAGAAGAGCCCACCAGAAGAAGACUCUGAAUAUCAGCCCGAUGCUUCUAGUCAAGAGUCAUUUGUUGUGUCAAACAGAGAACUUUGUGAUGAAGACAAAGAGCUGGUACAUUUUCCAGUAUGCGAAGGCACCUCCCAGCCUGAGCCUUCGUGUUCUGAUGUCAGAAUAGCAGCAGAUAAGAACUACAGAAGUAAAGCAUCUCAGGAAAGUGCUCUGAAAAAGAUGCACGAGGAAGAACAUCAUCAGCAAAUGUCAAUUUUGCAACUCCAGUUAAUCCAAAUGAAUGAAGUUCAUGUGGCAAAGAUACAGCAAAUAGAAAGAGAGUGUGAGAUGGCUGAAGAAGAACACAGGAUAAAAAUGGAAGUGCUAAAUAAAAAGAAAAUGUAUUGGGAGAGAAAACUGCAGACCAUUACAAAAGAAUGGCCUGUAUCAUCCUAUAACAGACCCUUUCCUAAUUCACCUUAGAACACAGAAGGGCAGAGAGUCAGUCUGAUUUAGCACAUUUAUGAGUAACACACACUGGAAAGAGGGUUUUCUACUGUGAAUGUGCAGUGACAGGAUAGGUGCCUGGCUGAUAGUGAACACACUAUGACUCUUAAUGUUUAGGGAAACAGUGGUAUAGUUCACCAAGAGGAAAACUCUGUUGUUUAUUUGUAGGUAGUUCUGAUUUGCUUAACUCACAGACAUGCACAGUGUUCUAAAAUGUGAACGUAUUUUCUCCUCUCAGAACACCCUUGAUUCUUGUGAAGUUUAAGGUACUCUGGCUAUUCUUACAUUGGGAGUUCUUAAGAAAACUUAACAGCUUUAAACAUCAGGCUGCAGUGUUUAUUUUGAUUUCUAUCUCUUCCUAUCUGCCAUUUCCCACAUGAAGGCAAGGGUUGGAGUUUCUCUCUGCUGUUGAGACAAAAGGUGACGGACAGCUAUUAGUUGGCUUCAUAUGCUGAAGCUUAGGGAAAAUAAGCUAGUUAAUACAGUCCAUAACUUAUUUUUCAUAGGAGAUAUGAAGGAUGUAGCAAGAGGGCCACUGCAGUAACAGCCCUCUCCAGCUGAAGAACAGUAAUGGCUGGCUGACUGAGAGGAUGGUUGUGAAAUGGUCCUCCAGUUGUUUGAACCUUGACACUUGAGAACUUAAAAGGAAGGUGACUUCUUCCUCAAAAGCCACUGUGCUUGUUCUUUCAUUUCCAGGCCCAUCUUGUGUUGAAGUAGUAUACCAAACAGGAGGGUCAAAUGCUGCUGCCAGCACUGUGUGCUAUUCACCUGAAGUCAUUCUGAGGGGAAGAGCUUUUUAAGAAUUCAUAAAGCUCUCAAAAUGCAGUGAGCCAGCCAGUCCAUUGGCAAAGUCUCCCUCUAUUUUCUUAUGCAAUACUUGAUGGUGUAGCAGCUAGCUUGAUUAUUUCUCUUUAGCAAGAAGAAAAGACUAAGACUCACCCUCUUUUCCUUCUCAUAGGGUAGAAAGCAGUUCAAGGGAAUCAUUCCUAUCUUGAAGCACUGUUCUGUUUUGUUCUGUUCUGUUCUGUCCUGUGUGUUAUGGUGGUGUGUUUCUUGCCUUUGCUGUCAGUGAGGGGUGAUGGACAUGAUUUGUAUGAAGGCAUUCACAUGAAAGUCCCCACAGAUUCUGGAUGUCCAGAAUGGUAGAUAGUAGGAAAGCACAAAUAAAAAUAAUCUUUACCCUGGCAAUCAUUUUUCCAGUGGGGCAGGAGUUAAGAAAAUGUGAAAUGCAGAACCCCACAAGGAUUCAUAAGAACUUCUGGUGUUUGAAAACCUAUUUUACAGGAAGCUGUACAACCAUCAUUUGAAGCAGUGAGAAAAAUGAACAAAAUCAUAAAUUUUCAUUGAAAAAUCUGAGUAUCACAAUAUUCAAUAAAGUAUUUUCAGAUCAUGACUCCUGAGGGUGAGUCCAUACUGUGAGCAAGGUGUUCAAAGCAGAGUAUAUUACAAGGCAUACAUUCCCAGCUACACUUCUAUCUCUUUCCCUGGAUAUCCUUUCUGGUGGAGUGAGUUCCCUUUGGUUUUGUUUUGGAUUGAGUAGGGUUCUGUGUGUGUGUGUGGGGUGUGUGUGGUUUUUUUGACCUGCUUUCACUGCUGGUGAUUCAUCUUUGUUAGCACUGCCAUUAUCAACCACAGGACUCACUGUGGUUAACAGUGUGGUACCUGUGCUACUUCCUUAAAUGUGCUAAAACCAGCAAUCACAAUGGGAGCUGUUUAUUACAAUUCAUUUUAUAUGACAGAGAAAAAAAAAUAUGCUGGGCUGCUGCAAGAUAAAAAAAUAGGGCCUGGGUGAAAUCUGAAGACAGAUCUUUUUGACCACAAGCUCGAUAUUCUUAUAAAUUGGCUGUGUGAAGAAAGUGCAGGAAUUCCAAAGAAGGAUGUUGUUAAGGGCACUUCUAUUUUUCUGCUGAAUGAAAACAGUUUUGGAAGGUAUAAUAAAGUAGAGGCAAAAGAAAAGUAAACAGAAGUGAGGACCUUGUUCUGAGAUUGCAUUCUGUGAUCUGGAAGAUGAGUCAGUUAUUUAACUGGUUGUGACAGUUGUUCAGGCACCAUGCAGAAAAAAAGGCUAGGACGACAUUUGUCUUAACCUUCUGGAAUUGUUCUAAGUGAAAGUAAAUGAAAAUCAGGUGUUAGAAGGUAAUGAAUGGAGACAAUUUCAGCACUGUGAAGAGGGCAAGAAUAGGGAGACAAUCCAGGUCUAGACAGCCCUGUGAAAAUGAUGACAUAGUCAGAGAGGAUCUCACAAUAUGUGAGACAAAGGUAGCUUGAACUCCUGGAAGUUAUAUGAUUGCUCAUGAAAGAUUGUUUUAUUUUUAUAUUUAAAAAUCCUUUAAAAUAAGCAUGUUUUCAAACUGUGCUAAGUGGAUAAUGCCUUGCUUCUUGGUAUGUUUUCUUAUUCCGAGACCAAAAGUUAAGUUCUUACAAUACACAGUUCUUGCAAUAGACCCUUUUAAUUCAGGUUCUAUUUAGAAGAAAGAAGAUCAUAAGAGAAAUAUUAGAAAGAGCCAAGAUGAAGGUGUGAAAGAAAGAAUGGUCAUUAUAUGCAUGGGGAAGAAUGGGAAUGUUAGACCUAACAUAAAUUAUACAAGAUGAUUUUGUGGUACAGACAAAAGAUUGUUCACAGGUGACACAGGCUCUUGCUUUCCCAUUUGUAGUUGAUUGCUGGUUGAUGUAAAAUUGGGUGAUAAACACAGAAAAAUGUAAAAGAUUAACAGGAGGAAGUAAUGUAUCUCCUUGCCAUGCUUUGGCUUUAUAAAGUGAUCAAUGUGAUGGAAUUGAAAUUCCUUGAGAAAUUACUUUUGCCCUUAUUGUUGUUGCAUUUACUCCCACUGGUCAUAGAGUUUAUCUUUACUUGUGUUUGACUUUUCUUAUAUGUAAUAUAGCCAUCUCAGACAGAUGUC